UAGCAGUUAGAACGAUUGUUGGUUCAUGCCUUAACUGGGAUGUAGAUCCCAGUAUAAAGCUUUUGUUGGCGGUAGUGAGUCAUUUCAGAAACACGAAAGGAUUGAAGAAGAAGAGUCAGAGGUCGCAGGAUGAUGACGUAGCCCAGAAAAAUGGAGAGGAAACACAUGUCAGCUUUUAGUCUGUAUCAAACGUUAUCAGCAGAUUUGCCUUCUCCUGCUAAGAAGCCUUCAAUCCAGGUAGCAUCUAAGAAGAAGAAGAAGAAGAAGAAUGGGAUUGCAGGCAGUAAAGUCCACGCCAUUAAAACUCAAGUUAAACCAGAACAGAAAAAAAGGUGCAAGAAGCCUCCAAAGUCUGCACAAACACAGGAGGAAGUAAAAGAAGAGGUGGAAUGUGUGAAUGGAACAGAUGAAGCUCUGGAUGCGUUGCUGUCUGACCUGUCUAGAGUCAACAACAGCAGGGAGCGAGCGAGCAGACUGUUCCAGUGGCUCAUCAGCCCUGUUCCUGCUAAAGCCUUCUUUAGGGACACAUGGGAAAAGAAACCCAUUUUGGUCCAGCGUAAGAAUCCAGAUUACUAUAAGGGCCUGUUCUCCACAGCAGAAUUUGACCGUAUAUUAAGACAGGAGGAUGUUCAGUACGGAGUGAAUCUGGAUAUCACAACCUACACUAAUGGCAAGAGGGAAACACACAAUCCUCCAGGGAGAGCUCUGCCUUUCACUGUGUGGGACUUCUAUGAGAAUGGCUGCUCCAUUCGACUGCUGAAUCCCCAGGCUUUCUCCUCCACCGUGUGGAACGUGCUCUCCAUUCUUCAAGAGCGAUUUGGCAGCAUGGCAGGAGCCAAUGUAUACCUGACACCACCUGGAACACAAGGGUUUGCUCCACAUUAUGAUGACAUUGAGGCAUUUGUGGUCCAACUGGAGGGCAAGAAACACUGGAGAGUGUACAACCCAAGAACUGAAGAUGAGACCUUGCCUGUUUUUUCAAGUCCAAACUUUAACGAUGCAGAAAUCGGAAGGCCAAUCCUGGAAGUGGUGCUAGAAGCUGGAGACCUCCUCUACUUUCCCAGAGGAUUCAUCCAUCAGGGCGACUGCCUCCCAGACGCUCACUCGCUGCACAUCACCAUCUCCUCCUACCAGAAGAACAGCUGGGGAGAUCUGCUCCAGAAGCUUCUUCCAGCUGCAUUAGAUAUAGCAAUGGAGGAGGAUGUGGAGUUCAGACAGGGUUUACCUCUGGAGUAUCUCACCUAUAUGGGAGUACAGAAUUCUGACAAGGAUGACCCACGGAGAACAAAGUUCUUCUCCCAGACUGAAAGCUUGCUGAAGAAGCUAAUCAAUUAUGCUCCAGUUGAUGCUGCUGUGGAUCAGAAAGCCAGAGACUUCCUCCAUGACUGCUUGCCUCCCAUGCUGUCUCCAGAUGAAUUAGCCAGCAGUGUUCAGGGAGCACCUGCUAGGUGGGAGUGCGGGCAGGUCAUGGAUGUGGCUGCACACAUCAACAAACAAACCCGAAUCAGACUCCUUCGAGCUGACUGUGCAAGGCUUUGCGGUGAUGGAGAGGCGGUUGAUCUCUACUACACGACCAGCAACUCCAGAGUUUACCACAAAGAGGAGCCCAAGAGUUUUGAAAUAAAAGCAGAAGUAGGCCUGGGAGAUCUGUCUAAAUGUCAUGUUUGCAUACAGCCCUUAUGUGAAUCCAUGUUUAUAAUUGCUUUCCCCCCCCAGCACACAGAAGCAGUUGAGUUUUUGAUCCAUUCAUAUCCUAAAUUUGUGACGGUGGGAAGUUUACCAUGUGGUGCUGCAGAGGAGAGGAUUGCUUUAGCCGAGCUGCUUUUUGAGAAGGGGAUUAUCCACACUGCAGAGCCUCUGUAGUGACCAGAUUCUUCAGAUGACUGCAUGAGCAGAUUCAAAUUGCUUAUGUGUAAAAUCCAAAUUCAAUGCAAAACACUUGUCAUAAAUAGACUCCAGUAGCUGUGCUUGGAUGACCAAACCCAUCUAUGAACUUGUUUACUGCUCUGCAUUGAAUAAACCAUUUUUUUAAA